GCACAGUCCACGCGCGCCCUCCUGCUCUCCGAAAACCAGUCUGAAUAAUCGAUCCUUUUCUUUUGUCUCAGGAAAUCACUGGUUCUUUUCUAUCUGCUCUCUGAGACGUUCUGAAUUUAAAUUUGAAGCGAGUUAUCGCUGAGCCACAACACAAUGAACUCCCUAUACACACUCGGCGUCCGUCAGACGUCUUCGAUCCAAGCAGACCUCGAACGUCUGCGCUCGGGAGACAGCUCAGCAUCACUUUCAGGGCAGAUCUCUGCCUCGCUGGCUGCGAUGAGCCGCACAAUAGAUGACUACGACUCGAUGGCCCGACGGGAGAUGAUCAAGGCGAAGCAGGAGAAGGCGACGGCACGGGUUCAGAAGUUUAGGGCGGAUUAUACGGAGUUGAGGAAGGAGUUUGAGAGGCUGAAGAGUGCGAAUGAGGAACAGCAACGGACAGAACUCCUCGCCACAUCCUCCGCAUCCGCUCACCCGUCCGCCUCGACUCGUCUUCGCUAUGCCUCUACCGCAUCCCCGUCUGCCUCAUCCGCACACUCCGAGAACCCGUUCUCCAAUCCACCAUCAUCAACAUCCAACCCUUACUCCUCACAAUCCCGAGAAGACUUCGCCCUUCGUGAACACAGCUUCACGCAGAAUACACAUGCGCAGCUGGACGACUUCAUCGCGCAGGGCAGGGAGGUGCUGGAUAACCUUGUGGAUCAGCGGAAUAUGUUGAAGGGCACGCAGAGGAGAUUGUUGGAUGCGGCGAACACGUUGGGGUUGAGUAGGGAUGUUAUCGGGUGGAUUGAGAGGAGGAGUACGCAGGAUAUGUGGAUAUUCGUCGCCGGCGCGAUCUUUACGUUCUUUUGUUUUUGGGCGAUUUGGCACUAUUUGGGAUGAGGGAGAGUUGGGUGGGCCAAGUGUGGUCGUUUGUAUAUGUCACCUUGUAGCUUUGCACAUCGUUGAGGCAUUAUGUGCCUUCACUCGUCUUUCCUUUUCAACUUUCGUCACUUGGAGUGGGGAGUCUUCGGCGGUAGAGGACGGCUGGACGGUGGACUUAGCAGUUGUGGUAAAUGUUGGGUAGCUCUUUUACUUACCGUUGCGGUUUGCUUGUCUGGAUCUUGAGUGAUUCUAGUGGGUUAC